UUUUGGUACUAGAGGUACGUGUACGAACAAGUUUGUAGCUAGAUCUACGAAAAUGAGGCACCGUACAACGAACAAGAAAACCAAGAAGCUAAGGAAGAAGUCUCUGGAAUUGCAGGCCUUUGUUAAGCAUUCCAGUGAGCUUCAUGAAGUUCUCAAUGAUGGUGUGUUAACAAGAUUGGUUUGGGAUCUCUUCCAAGCUGAAAUAUUCUCUCAAGCCACAGUUAGUAGUAUAACACACGUCAUGCUUAGUGAGAGUGAUAAGGCUACAAAGCUCGUUGGUGCUAUAAUACAGUCUAUUAAGUCUGAUAACUCAAAUUUACUGACCAUCCUCGAUUGCUGCGACAAGUAUCUUGAGUUGAAGCCGGUCGUUAUGCGAAUGAGAGAAGAAUACGACCAUCUCAAAGAUGUUUCGCCAGGAUUUAAGAAUGAAGUUAUUGCAAGCCCAGCUGGACAAAACAGAUCUUGUCCUGGACUAACAAAGAAGUGCUGUGUGAGAGGCACAAUCGCCACCAUAAUAUCAAUUUUUGUAUUGAUGAUAAUUGGAUUCAGAUGUGUGAAUUAUGUUGAAGGACGUUUUGAGAUAACUUUUUUGGGUAUUGGUCAAGACCAACAAAUUUUAGAACAUGAGUUUGAAAGAAGUGAUGACGAAAUGCCAAAGCAAAUUAGUUAUGGCAGGCCAAAUGCACCUCUAAUUAACAUCAGUUUACCAUUGCCGUCUCGCCCCAUGCCGUUUGUUGGUAGAAAAGAAUUAAUAAACGAAAUAAUACAACGUCUUCUUGGUACCCACACAUCAAUAGUAGGAUUGUUUGGGCCUCCUGCGUUCGGAAAAAGUUCAUUGGCUAUUCAUGUUGGUCAUGAAGUCAUGAACAAAAAAGGCGUUAGUGUAAGCUACGUUGAUCUAAGCGAAUUCAGACUAUCCUUUGAGCAACAACCUCACGCCAGAAGCCAUGUCAGAGGAGUUCAGAUACAUGGUGACAAUUUUGGGAAACGUUUACUAGGCAGGUCUGUCAACGGUGACCACCUAUUGAACUGGGCAGCUACAAUUGAAAACAUUUCUAUUUUGAUUUUUGAUAACUGUGAUCCUGUUCUCAAUAAAUGGCAUGAUGAAUUCCAAGAGUUUAUACUAGAUUUGAGAAAGUCAUCUAGAAAUAAUUUGAAGGUCAUAAUUACAAGCCAGCUAAAAAUUUCUUUUGUGGACCACUUUACUGAUAUUGAAGUGUUAGAGUUAAGUGACAAGGAUUCAAAAUCCUUAAUCAGUGUUCUUCGACCAAAUUUGAAUCAUCACUUACAAACUGAAAUAGUUGAACUCGUAGGAAACUGCCCUUUGGCAAUUAAGGUGGCAGUUAUGCUGCUCAAAACAAUUAGCCCGACAAUGUUAAUCCAAGAUCUAAAGGCAAAAAAUGUUGAUGUGAUAUCUUCUUCACAAUUUCCAAGGCGUGAGAGAUUCAAUGUUGUAAUGGACACUGCUUGUCAAUAUCUCAGCAACAACUCCAUAAGAGCAGCAUAUCUCUUUUCGUUAUUUCCUGGUUCAUUUGAUGAAGAUGUUCUUUCAUUUUCGUUUUUCAGAGAAUUUCGUGAUGAGGUCAACAAUCUUUUUGAGCGGUCUCUCUUUGAAAGGUACGCUCACAUUUUUGGAGAAAGAUACAAGUUGCAUAAGCUAAUAAAAACAUAUUUUAGGGAGAAGAUUUUGAUAGAUUCAAAAAAUGUAUUGAAAUCUGACUUCAAAACAACAUUCGUAGAGUAUUAUACAAAGAAACUUUAUAAUUAUCUCACUUCUAUAAAGUCGAUUAAAGAACCAGCUCAAAAAGACCAACUUAUCACUAGCGAACAGCAUAACAUACGACAGCUAGCUAGAAUUUUGUUAAGUACAGAAGAUCACUACUUUUCUUCAGAAGAAAUAAUAGUUCUUCUAUUUUAUUCUCAACAAGGAGGCUUAGAGAGCAACCAUUCAAGUAUUAUUCUAGAUGUCACGCUUACAUUUUUAGAAGAAAACAACACAUUGCUGAACAAAGCGUGCUCUCAGACUUACACGAGUGUAUGCAAAGUAUUGAUAUCCGACCUAUUGCUCUCCAUUACCGAAACUGGCUAUACAUACCUCCCUUGUACAAUUUGUGACACAGUUAGUGGCCCAGACAAGCUCAUGAACUUUAUCACUGAUGACUUGCUACAGUUAAUUGACAAUUCUUAUGUUUUCUGCUCACAAAACAAUUUUGCACAUAACAUUGUCAAGAUUUUGAAGUAUUUGCUUUUUUCAUUGGAGUGUUGGUUUUCAUUGCAGUAUUCUUCAGUUGUCUUUCGCGUUCAAAUGGGAAAGACUGGCUCAUUUCAAUCUUUAUUGCACUUUCUAUAUUUUUUUUUAGUGAUUCAAACAAUUGAAUCUUACGUUAUGCUUUGUUUCACAAUUUUUCUACUUGUGAUUUUGUAUGCUUUGAGAGGUUAUAUCUGGAACAAGUGUGUCACUACUCAUCUUUUCUUUUUGUGCAUUCUUUAUCUUAAUUUUUAUGUUUUGGGUGUUUUAGCUAACGCUCUUGGAUAUUUUUCACUAGAAGGAAAUGGAUCAAUGAGAUACCAACAGUGGUGUCUAUUAUGCAUACAUUUAACAUGUAAAAACUCGUUUUGGAUCGCAAAUUUUCUUAACAAUCUUAUAUGCUCAGUAAUUUUUCCUGGUAUUCCUCUAUACUUUAUAGCUAGAUAUUUUGUUGGCAGCAUCAUUAGCUUAUUUAUGAGUGAUUUUCAUCAAUUUGUAUACACAAGUAAAAGACGUUUCCACAAUUAGCUUUUUGUAUUCACACAAUCCCCAUUAUGUUUAAUAAUAAAAUUAAUAUGCAAUUCAGUUAUACCUAAAAUUUUAUAGUUAUGUUUGUUCUUAUCGGAUUGUCUUAUAUGCAACCAAUCGGCUGGAGUAUGUAUAAUUAUGUGUGGAUACAGAGGUUACAUGCAGAGGAGAGAAGAACCUAAUUAGUUUUUGGCAUCACUGUAUUUUGUGCAGUCAUAAUUAUAUAUAAUUAUAGCUUUUUUUAUUUAGUUUUUUGUGUUAUUAUUUUGUUUGUCUUGUGUUUGCUAUUGUAAGGAUUCCACAUUA